ACUUCAGAUUGCAAUAUAUUGCCUUAAGUUGAAGCUUAAGUUAUAUUAACUGUGAACAAGUGGAGCUCCAUCAAAGGUGUGGAGGUGGAUUCUCCAUUACUUGUUGAUCUGGGAAUAUUUACACUCUGGAAAUUCUUGCAUAAUUGAACAUGAUGAAAUUUCUGUUUCAAUUUGGAGCUGGAUUAUUGACAGGUGUUUACAUAACACAGAAUUAUGAUGUUCCUAAAGUUGAAACUCUUGCUCGAUAUUGUAAAGAUUGGUUUGAAAAGACUUUUCCACCAAAACCGAAAGAUUCAUGAUGAGAAGAGGGAAACUUUACAAUGAAUUACAAUUUUUUUCUCUAUAGAUGAAUUUACUGAUGUUGCAAUUAUGGAGUUAUUAUUUAAGUAAUAUAAAAUAUAUUGACUUGUGUGAAAUGAUGUUUUUUGUUUAAUUUAGUAAAAAUGGAAACCAGGCGAAUAGUUGUCGGUCUUUUAAACUCUGUUAAAAUAUUUAACGCUGAAUUAUUGGAAAAUAAACUUGACAAUGUGCAAUACAAAGUAAUAGCAACUACUGGCCAGACACAUGAACAGAUGAUUGCUUCUGUUGAUGGCUGUGAAGUUUUGUUUGGUUCUCCACGUUUUAUUCAGCCAAUAAUACCCCAGCUCCCCACCUCAGUUAAGUGGGUCCAGUUCACAUAUGCUGGCUUGGAUGGUUUUUUUGAAAGUUAUAAAGAAACACCAAAUGCACCGGCAUGGGAUAUACAAUACACAAGGAUGGGCGAUGUAUUUGCAUUGCCAAUAUCCGAGUAUGUACUUGGAGCUGUGAUUGCUAUUGAGCGAGAUUUUAAAGAAAUGUUUAAAUUGCAAUCAGCGAAACAAUGGGCUGAUUUCGAUGAUUACGUAAUGUAUAUGACCAAACCAAGACCACUAAACAGCUUAACAGCAGGGAUUCUUGGAGCUGGAAACAUUGGAACAAAGAUUGCUGAACUUCUUAAAGCAGUUGGAAUGCGAGUUAUUGGGUUUAAAAACCACCAAGUUGAUCGGGAUGAUGGUCUAUUUGAUGAGUUUUAUUAUCCCGACAAUCUUGAUAUGUUUCUCUCCUCUUGUGACUUCAUUUGUAAUAUUCUUCCUUCUACACCAAACACUAUAGGACUUCUGUCAGGGAAACGUCUUGAAAUUUGCGAACCCCGUAAACCUGCUUUUAUUAAUGUUGGGAGGGGAAAUAUAAUUGAUGAGAAAAGUUUAAUACAAGCGCUUACUAAUGGUUGGAUCUCCAAAGCAUUUCUGGAUGUUUUACAUGAAGAACCACUGCUCCCCUCAAGCAAGCUUUGGGAGAUGGAUAAUGUUGUGAUUACACCCCAUGUGUCAGGGCCUUUUGUUAAAGGACAAUUAACUUUAAUGUUUAAAGAAAACCUUAAGUUAUAUAUUCAGGAACUUAAAUUUCAAGUUUAUCCAUCUUCAAAUAGUUACUAAAUGUUACUGGCUUAUUUGAAAACCGCUAUAGCACACUGGUCUAAUUAAUCAUCCACAAAGUUAUAUGCAAUAACCCCUAAAUGGGCACAAAGUGUAUGGUAUAGAACACCCAUGUGAUAAUUAAUUGCUACUUUUAAACACACUUUGAUUUAUUCAAACAGUGUAAUUAAUUUAGUUAUUUUUUUUAUUUUAAACAUAUAUAAAUGAAUAGAUUUAAUUUGUUCUUCACUUUCAUAUAUGCAAAUGUAUUAUGGUAGUGGUACUACAGAAAACACAGCAUUAAUGUUAGAUAAAAUCAAAAUCGUAUAAACACCUGCCGUCUUUGUGUGUCCAAAAUAGAGCAAAAGUAGUCACCUUGGCAAUGGGUUUAAACGAACUUGUUAGGUUUUGUUUGUGUUUUCCUUUUGUGGGGAGGUGUGAAACAGAUUUUUACAUUUUUCAACCCUUAAAUUUGUUUUUAGGCCCAAGUUUUUCUGUAAUUUAUCAAAAAACAGACAUUUUCCCUAUACCUACCGUGUUAUUUUGGACCCAAAUUGCCGUUCACUUUGUCUUUUACAUAACAAUGGGUUGGUCUACUCGGUAUUUCUAUGGCUCUGGAUAAAAUGAUUGUAAUUUCCUAAAGGUUUCAAGGUGUAUGUAUGAAGUUAAUGUUUGUCUAUUUUUUUGAACUUUCAUUUUAACACAUAAUAGACAGUGAAUGUAUGUGAUGUAAUUGCUUUGUGUAUAUGGUGUAAUCAUAGUUUAAUAACACAACAUUCUUAAUUAGCUAUGAUGUAAUGUAGUUGUGUCUCACGUACUGACUUUUCUAUGCAGCUGCAAUGUAAAUAAAAGGUUGUAGAAAUUUA